UUUUGUGCUCUCCAUCAACAAAUGGAUCCGGAAAAAACUAUUUUUGUUAAUUGGGAUGAAUCCGCUAUUAAUGAAAAACCUCUUGGAUGUGUGGGAGAGAAUAGACCGUUCCUUUUUUCGAGAGAUUUGGCAUUAAUUUAUACAGCAUUAAAUAUUCCAGCGAGUGAAUUAGACAUUCAAAAAUUUGCACGUUUACCUUCCUCUUCUUUAAUUUCUUCUUCAACAACUCCUUCAUUAACUAUUUGCGUGCCAAUUAAGGCAAAUAGUAAAUUAAAAGAAAAUAAAAAAAUUGAAAAAGAUAAAGGAAAUAAUUUAAAUAAUGAAGAAAAAGAAGAAGAAAAUAUAUUUUUAUUGCCAAAUAAUGAAGAAUGUGAAAAUGAAGGAAAUAAGGAAUUGUUGUUGAAUAUUAAUUCAGCUAAUCAAGACAAAUUAAGAGAAGAAAAAGAAAGGCAAUUAUCUGUAUUUGAUUCAGGAAUUGAUUCUUCUUGUGUGAUUGCCUUAUAA